GAGGUUGGCUUCUCAGUGUUUUUAAAACAGGGCCUCACCAUAGAGGUGGCUGAGCCUAGAGCGGCACCGGAAGAGGCGUCAGUGGUGACUUCCGGUUGCCGCUCUGGGCGCUCUCUGGCUCUGGAGGACCGGGUGUUGCUGCUGCUGUUGCCUAUGGCGUCGAAGGCAUGGCGGCCGAAGGAGAAGGCGGCGUCUCGUCCUCCUCUUCGUCUUCUCCGGGCGAAGCGGGCGGCCUCUUGCAGCAGAUCCUGAGCCUCCGCCUGGUGCCUCCUCCGGGGAACCUCACCGGGGCCGCCUGCCCCACCGCCCUCUGCCACUUCUCAGAGAUGUGGUAUGGCGUCUUCCUGUGGGCCCUGGUGUCCUCCCUCUUCUUCCACAUCCCUCCAGGGCUCCUGGCCCUUUUCACCCUCCGGAGGCACAGAUACGGCAAGUACAUGUCGGUCACCAUCUUCCUGAUGGGCAUCAUGGGACCAAUCGCCGCCGGGACCUUGACAAGUGCUGCAAUUGCUGGCGUUUACAGAGCUGCUGGGAAGGAGAUGAUCCCCUUUGAAGCCCUGACUUUAGGAGUUGGACAGAGCAUCUGUGUGGUCUUAAUUUCCUUUCUACGGAUUUUAGCCACCCUUUAGCAUCACCUUAUGAAAGAGCGGUCAAGCAGAAACCAACAUGUGCAGAAUUCAGAGGACAGGAUCGAUGGGGAAGACCUGCCUACAAAUCCCACUGAAGGAGAAUGGAACCAGAGAAGAGCUUUGCCAUGCUCUCGGAUGGGUUCUGUUCAUUUCACCAGAGAGGCUCAGGAAAAAGGUUUUAGUUCAUCAGAACAAUGUUUUCUCAAAGUCUGGAGCGACUGUCUCUCAUCUACCAUCAGACAGCCCCAGAUUUUAGGGAAAACAGCCAUUCCACAUGUGGCAUUCUUGCCCAAGCAUGGCUGCUUCCCAGAUGCAAGAGAUCAGGACUGAGUCUCCUCUUGUCAAAAACGUGUUGGACAUCGGUGAGAGUUUACAUCAGAGAGAGAUAUGAAGGUCUCUCUUUUUCUGGGCCACUGCAGUGUAAUCCAGAAGCAUCCACAUCCCUCCUCAGCUCUUGAACAAGGUAUUGGUCUCCUCAGCUGAAGUUGGUUCUGUGUUUUACGUUUUGUAACAUUUUUGUAACCUCAAGUGCCAAGCUGGUUGCUCUUUUCUGUGUGUGGAUGGGGUGAGGGUUGAUCGAAUGCACAUUUGCAUUGGUAAAAAGCACCCCAAAACAUCCUUUAAAGAGUCUUUCCUCACAUAGUUCCACAGGAAAAAAAAGUUUUUUGCUAUUGAAUCAUGUUCCUGCAAGAAUGAAGUGCUUCAGUGAACUUAAACUCUUUCCUGUUGUUGAUUGUUGGCUGUCAAAAAGAUCAUGUCAGACUGCUCUUCCUGGCAAAAAUAGACACAUACACACACAUAUAUAUAUAUCUUGGAUUUCUGUUAAUGCUGUGUUCAGACUGCAGCGAUGGCUGAGAGAAACUCCAGUCCUCUGUUCCUACCUCAAAUACACCGAAUGGAUUUGCAGCGCCAGUUCCACCGACUCUUGCAAAAGCGAUGCCUAUGUCCCUUGUUCGCCAGACAAAGAGAAGUGGAAUGAAACCCAGUAAAUGCUGCCGCUGUCACUUUCUGACUGCUGGGAUACUUUCUGAAUGUGAAGGCCCCUUGUUUUGGGGCUGAGCAGAUGCCCUGUGAAAUGUUUUGGACCUUUGCUUGUCCCGUGAGUAUCGUGAGAACCCUUUGUCUUAAUCCUGUUUGCUAUAAAAAACAAAACAAACAGUUAAUGAUAACAAUUAAUUGUUCUCCUGGUGAAGCUUUCCUGUGAGGGCUUGGAUUGCUUUUAGCUCCCUACCCAAGUGCCUGGGCAACAUGCCCACCUCCAAGGACCAGUUUUGUGACCCUCGCCAGCCCUUUGCCCCUCCUCAUGUGCCGAUUCCUGACCCGUUCAGUGGAAAUCCAGUAACGCCAGGGGUUUUAACAGUCUGCCAUGGAAGACAAAAACCCAGAUGCACCACUGGUAUCCCUUUGGAUGGUUAUUGUAGCACAUUGAGCAGGCUUCUUUUGGGACUGUACAGUCUUAGAAUAUGAACAGAGACCUUCUUGUUUUAAAAUGUCCUCAUUUUAGAUAGUUCCUUCCUCGCAGGGUUGUUUCGCUGUGCAGGUAACGUGAAGCAAACAUCCCCUACUCAGGCAUUUUGAGAAGAAACUUUCUUGGAUGUUUAAAUUGGUUCUAAAUCAGGGGUAGGGAAAAUGUGCUCCAUGGAGCCCUAAGGGUGGUUUUGUUGGCACGCCUCAAAAUGCCCACAUGGCUCCUGUCUUAGUGGUUGAACAAAAGCCCCUCCUGGCCCUAAAACAGCCCAAGGAGGAUCCAGAAUUUGCUGAAAUUGCCCCUAAGGAGCAUAUAGGGCCUUUUUAAAGAAAAAAAUCAAGGUUUCCACACAGCAACCUCCUUUCCCUGUCUUUGCUCUAAAUGUUGUGAUGAUCCGUAGGCUUUUGGGAAGGUGCAAUCCGAUUUCCUUGCCCCUAAAUUUACUUUUUGUUCAUUACUCCCGGUGCAGCUACCAUUAAAGAACUGGAGUCGGGGAGUUGGUUUUUUCAAACAGUAAAUCCCCUGCGCAUUUACUGUCUUUUGCCUUGGUUUAGUAUGUCUGGUUGCAAACAGAGAAGCAGCAAGUUAGGAAGAGGUUGCCCUUUUCUGGGAUUAAUCCUGGCACAGUCUUUCCAACUCCUUGAGGGUGGCUUUCCAUAUGUUAAGGUUUGCAGUGCACUUUUAUUGCUGUUGUUUUUCACUUUUUAGUUUGCCAAAUGUGGAACAAAAAUGUUGGUGUAAAGUCUUUUCACCUGCCAUUCUGAUUUGGGGGAUUUACUUUGAUUUUGUAACUCUUGGUUGAACCAAUACUUGGAGGAAAGUAUUCUUCUUUUCCCCUCCAGACUCUUACACAAGUUUCUUUUGCCCUUAGCUGUUGGGAAUUCCAAUGUCAGAGGGCAUGGAUUUGCCACCCUAAGGGGAGAACCCAAGUUGCUGGGUCCAUAAGAACCAUGCGCUUAAGGAAGCUGUGUUCUUAGUAACAAUGUGUAGAUUCCUGGAUACCUGCAUUUUUCACUCAUCCCGUUGGAAAAAAGGAAGCUGGCACAUCCUUGUUACCAAAUGUUAACAUUUGUAAGAGGUAAACUAUACAUACCAGUAACUCUUUUUUGGUGAUUAUUAUGGUAUUAUUUUCCGCUGCUGUGAUCUCCACCGAGGUGUAAAACACUUUUAAGGACACCCUUCUCCGCAUCCAGAUUUUCUUGAAAACUGUGAUUCUGAGCCUGUCUUGUGAGCAAAAGCACUCUUGUUCCCAUUUCUGAACCUUUGUAUCCCACUAAACUUAAAGCGGUAAAUGUGAACAAAUACGUGUGUCAGGGAGAACGGAAAUACUAAUACCAGUUUUUAUUUUUCUACUGACACUUCUGAUUUGAGCAUUGGUAUUUUAGCUAAUAAAAUCCCUACUGAUCCUUGUGA